UAUACUGAAUUACUGAGAACAUGCAUUCUUUUGCAAACAGAGCUAAAGCGCUGCUAACUCUAGCAGUCACCAUUCUUGCAAUUAUGUGCGCUGCCGCUACAAUUUCCGACAAUUUCAAUUCCCCUUCUCCUACUGCCAGCAUUGAGGUGGCCAACAUUCAUAGAUUUCAGAAACACUCGAGUGGCAAUGACGAGGUUGCCAUGGUGCUGAAUAUUUCAGCCGAUCUUCAGUCAUUGUUUACUUGGAAUACAAAGCAGGUGUUUGCGCUUGUUGCUGCUGAAUAUGAAACCAAAAAACAUGUACUGAAUCAGCUUUCACUCUGGGAUACGAUCAUAGAAUCAAAAGAAAAGGCAAAAUUUUCAGUUAGUAUCUCAAACAAGUACCGAUUUAUUGAUCAGGGGAGCAAUUUGCGAGGCAAGGAGUUCAACUUGACAUUGCACUGGCAUGUCAUGCCCAAGAAUGGAAAGACGUUUGCUGACAAAAUUGUGCUGUCAGGACACCGUUUACCGAAGCAAUACAGAAAGGGUUCGAGAGUUGUUGCUAACACAGAAACACGUAUUCCGUCCAUAAUAAGUACGAGUUAGACAAUAUAUAGAGUGUUUCUUUAGUUGAUCAUCUCAUAUUCAAGGCAUCAUGACUAAUAAUUUUACUUUAUAUUGUCGUCCCAUAUUUUUUUCUUCAUAUAUUUAUCUUAUAAGCUAAGACAUCCCAAAUCGAUUUUCUUAAUUUUUUUUUCUUUUUUAUAAAUUUAUCUUUACUUAAUAAAAUACUCUAAUGUUUUUUCAUUGACAAAUUUGACC